AUGGACCAGUCCAACUCGCCUGAGAAAGGCAAGAAGAAAGCAAAGGAGGACAACGACAAAGCUGACCAAAUGACCUCACCUCAACCUAUCCACCCUAUUUCCUACCAACCCAAAUACAUGACUGUAGGCUCUGGAAUACAGCCUUCACAUGCUACUGCUUUGAUGGAACAGCUGGAGCGAGAUUCAGGAUAUGGAAGUAUGGUUGGAGACAACCAACAAAUUGGUGGCGAGAUGCGCUCGUGGGAGGACCAACUUCUAGUCGACCGUCCCACUCCUGCCCAUACACCUCAGAUCAACGGCCAGCCCGCGCAUAUGUCUGACACCGAGAAGAGAGCUCUUGCAGGCCAUAUCCACCAGCUCUACUACAAUCAAAAUCGUGUUGCGCUGGCAAAAGCCAUUGGCCAGACCGUGGAACUUCUCAAACAACUUCAAGAUAUGAACGCCCAAUGGCCUGCCCAUUACCCUUCAGUUCAGAGAUCCGAAAACGAAACGCGAACGAGCCGACCCUCACUGGCACAGACCCAGUCCACGCGAGACGCCUCCGAGCUCCCCCACGAUCUCGCAUCGAAGAAAUUAGGAAGACCGGGCAGACUCAGAAGAUUUGGGACAUCGAUCGGAGAAGACUCUUCCUCUGCUGAAUCGAGUCAACAAGUACAACACACCGCGACGUCGGAACCUAGACUCAUCACGCCGCAGAUCGCCCAAGAAUUCUCCAUCCUCAAAUUAGAUCUCAAGGUCGGAGCUCUAUCACAGACCGAGCUUGUACAUUCGUUGGAAAAGAAAUCCAUCGCAUCUCUGCUUGACGGUAAAAUUGGGCAAAGUGUCCGCCAUUUACUUGCUUUGCGCGACCGAAUCGAGGAUACCUCUAGCAAGGUUCUGGUGACAGGCGAUCUCAACGCCGGAAAGUCGACCUUCUGCAAUGCACUUCUACGGAGGAAGAUUCUGCCUGAGGACCAGCAACCCUGCACGAGUAUCUUCUGUGAGGUUUUAGACGCCAAGGAGAAUGGUGGUCUUGAGGAAGUUCAUGCUGUACACAAGGAAGCGACCUAUGAUCGAAAUGAUGAGAGCACAUACGAUGUCUUUGCCCUACACGAGCUGGAAAAGAUUGUAGUUGACAAUGACCGCUACAUGCAAUGUAAAGUUUACGUCAAAGAUGUUCGAAGCAUCGACCAAUCACUACUCAACAACGGAGUGGUUGACAUCGCGCUGAUUGAUGCACCAGGCCUCAACUCUGAUUCGGUCAAGACAACGGCGGUAUUUGCCCGGCAGGAGGAGAUUGACGUGGUCGUCUUCGUCGUUUCAGCCGCCAACCAUUUUACCCUUUCUGCAAAAGAAUUCAUAUGGCAAGCUGCCCAUGAGAAAGCCUAUAUUUUCAUGGUAGUGAAUGGUUUCGACAAUAUCCGAGACAAAGAACGGUGUCAAAAACUCAUUCUCGAACAAUUAGGCCACCUUAGCCCUCAGACAUUUAAAGAGGCAAAGGAACUGGUUCACUUCGUGUCCAGCAAUGCCGUUCCCGUGCAGCCGGCAUUGCCAUCGAAUGGCGGCGGCGGUGAUGGGGGCGGCGGGUCUGGGCCGUCUCCACCUGAUGAUGAUGACAACGAUGAUUCAAGUAAAGGCAAAGGCAAGGACAAGGAGAAGAUCCAAGAUUUUGAGAUGCUGGAGAGUGCGCUUCGCAGAUUUGUUCUCGAGAAGAGGGCUCGGUCGAAAUUGGCACCCGCCAAAACAUACUUGAUGAAUUGCUUGGGUGACAUGAACGUGUUGGCCACUGUUAACAGGGAUGUGGCAAGCUCGGAACUAGAUCGAGUGUCCAAAGAGCUUUCUGAGAUUGAACCUGAAUAUGAAGAGCGCACCAAGCAAAGAGGGCUCAUUUCCGAGCAGCUGGAGAAGGACAUGGAUUCUACUGCGACGGAUGUGUAUAAUCACACUCGCUCAACGCUGUCAAGCACGAUAGCCAACGUGGGCAGCGGCGACCUCGGGGUCGAAUAUCCGGGUCUCUUGUCAGCCUUCCAAUACGCUGAAGAUUUGAGGAUAGCAAUGCUCGACCAAAUUUCGGCGGCAGUGACGCAGUGCGAAGCAUAUGGCCGAUCCCAGACGGUCAAGAGCGUUGACAUGGUCAAAUCGCUUGGUCUGUUGCACGUCGGAGACACCUACGAGAAUCUCACAUUCCAGGCUGACAGAAUGUUCCAACGGCGGAGGGAUGCUCUAGUACGAACAGUUGACACUGAUGUAGAGCUCUGGGACUUCUUCGAUGUAGCUGGGCUAUGGGAGCGACAGGAAAAAACGCUCGGAACCGGACUGGCUCUCACAGUGGUUGGAACAGUUGGAUCUCGUGCUGUUGGUGGUAUUGGCUGGGUCGACGGAGCAUUCGGAGCGGCCAAAGUGAUUGGAAGUCGAAGUCUGCGGAGGUUGUUUGUGCCAGGUGUUGUGGCGGCUGCAAUGGUAGCCGUCGCGUACAUUUUGUCGACAAUCCCACAGACACUUCCGCCCCGGCUAGCCUCGAAGCUAUCAGCGACACUUUCUCAGAUGGAUUACACACACAGCAACUCGGCCCGGAUUGCUUCUGAAGUGCGACGAGUACUGCGAUUCCCGGCGCAGAGACUGAGUGGAGAUCUACAAAGCGGUGUCGAGGAACUGAGAAAGAAGAAAGAAGACGUCACGAAGAUCAAGAAAGAGAGCGAGGUUGCGCGAAAAUACUUUGGAAAUCUUGUCAGAGACUCGAGCGAGACGCGGAGACGGGUUUCGGCCAUUGACCUGGAAAGCCCGAUCCCUGGGGCAGCAGCGGCGUAUGUGUCCUGA